AACUGGGUGGCGGAAGUUUAAUUUCAACUUGGAAGGCGGGAUGCGCCCCACACCGCUCCGCUUCGCCAAACGAGAGCACCCGCAAGCUGGCUCCUCACAUGCACAGCAGACGCCGCCUCUUGCAAGCAGAAAGUUCAUGCGAAACCCACGCGCCCACUGUCGAAGUGAUGGCUCGGAGAAAAGAGGUUGAAAGCCAUAUGUAUUCAAAAGAGCGAGAGCUGCAGGAAGCGAAGGAAAAAAUCGGAGCGUCCGACACAGACACUGCGCUGCUCCGCUGUCUUGGCUUGCUGAACACUGCAGCUCUGGCGCGGUGCAGCAUUCAAGCGGUUAGUUCCUGGCUGCCACAUAGCUACAGACAGGCACAGUGCUAUCAAAAUAUCGCAAAUCUACCCAAGUGGAGGGUGGAGCUGCUGGGCUGGGGAAGUGGAGAAAGUCUGUGCAUUACCUCACAGUACGGCCACCGGAACCUCUUUCCGAAUUUCCUAAAUGAUUGGAGAUGCCAGACGCAGACCGACGAUGUGAGAUGCUCGGUUCUCGAAGCUGUCACUAUCAUAUGUGGUAGUUAACAUGUGCCAUUGCCUCUGAGGGUCUAUGCUUGUCAGCACUCGCCAUUCACCAGUGGGUGUCUCGCUAGCACCUAUUUUCGG